CUCUCAGUCUGACAAUUGUUGAAAAUUUUCAUUUUGGAAUUUUUAAAACAAACAAAAAAAAAAUCAAUCAAAAGAACAUAAUGUCACGAGGAAGUUCAGCUGGUUUUGAUCGUCAUAUUACCAUUUUCUCUCCUGAAGGACGUCUUUAUCAAGUUGAAUAUGCAUUCAAAGCAAUCAACCAGAAUGCAAUCACAUCGAUUGGUUUGAAGGGUAAAGAAUGUUCGGUUGUUGUUACCCAACGUAAAGUACCGGAUAAACUUCUGGAAUCAAGUACUAUUUGUAAUGUUUUCCAUUUGACACCUUAUAUUGGUUGUGUGGCCACCGGUAUGCAGGCCGAUUCAGCAUCAUUAGUGCAACGUGCACGUUAUGAAGCGGCUAAUUUUAAAUAUAAAUAUGGUCUUGAUAUUUCAGCUGAAGCAUUAACACGACGAUUAUCGGAUCUGGCACAAGUUUAUACACAGAAUGCUGAAAUGCGACCACUUGGUGUUAGUUUGAUUCUGAUAUCACAUGAAGAUGGCCAGCCAUUAGUUUAUAAAACAGAUCCAGCCGGUUAUUAUGCUGGUUAUCGUGGCUGUGCUGUCGGUGUCAAAGCAAUUGAAGUGCAGAAUUAUUUGGAAAAAAAACUGAAAAAUCGUCUAGAAUUGAAUAAAAAUGAAACAAUUCAAAUGGCCAUAUCAGCAUUGUUCAAUGUAUUGAAUGUUGAAUUUAAACCAAAUGAAUUACAGGUGGGCAUUGCCGAAGAAGGUAAAAAAUUUCAUAUACUAACCGAAUCGGAAAUUGAAAAACAUUUAGCCAUAUUGGCAGAAAAAGAUUGAGAGUGAAAACAUGAGAUUUGAUCAAAUCAUCAAAGAUUAAUUUUCUUCGAAAACAUCUGAUUUCAAUUUUGUUUGCAAAAAGAUAAAUAAAAUUUUUUUUAUUUCCA